UAACGUUUGUUCGAAAUACGUCACGCAUGACGAAUCGCAGUUCGAUUGUGUUUCUUGUUGCUUUCGGACGUGCUUUUGUUGUGCUCUUGGAUUGCGUUGCUUUUUUUGCGGUUUGUGGACUUUUGCGGAGAGGAUUCAAGAUUUUUUAGGAUGAAGACGUUGCUGCGUUGUUGGAGGCGGUUCCGGCGGAGGCAGGCGGUGGCGCCGGAGGGAGAGGGUUCCUCGGACGACGCGGAACGAGUCUGUCGUUCCGUGCCGUCCGAGGAGCGACAGGCAGCGGGUGAAGAAGGCCUUGGCCAAGUGCGCGUGGCGUGGCAUCCUCCCGGAGUCGGGAUGAUGCGACGCUACACCCAGGGCCCAGUGCGCUUGGCCGAGGUCUUCGGGGGUCAUCCGGCCACAGACCUUGCUGUGGAGGAUGUCGAAAGUGACAGCUCGUCCGAGCUGACACUUUCUGUUUGGUCGUGUUCUGCCCGUUCGUCCGCGACGGCGACGCCACCGCCUUGCCGAAGUCUGGACGGGGAGGAGUCGGAGGAGAGAGCCCCCGAAGUCGAGGGACCGUGCUGUCCGUGGUUUAGUUGCUGCGGACGGCUGCGGUUGCCUUGGCCUAGGCGGUGAUCUUCUUCGAUUUCCUCUUCUUCACCCGGAUGCGACUUUCUUACCGGAUUCGACACUUUUUACCCGGACAUGACACUUUUUAACGGACGUGACCUUUCUUACCCGGACGUGACCCACGGACUUGACACGUUUCUUCACCGGACGCGACAUUCGGCCGACCUUUCUUCCCAAACAGCUGUUAUGAGGAUUGAGCUUCCGGUUAGGGUUCGUUAGGUUAGCCUAGGCUAGCCUAACGAACCCUUCGCUCUUCUCAUAACACUGUUCGGGAAGAAAGGCUGUCUGGUUAAGGUAAUAAUCUUGACCUUAGGUAAUAAAUGAAUAAACUUCUCGUAUUCUCACUGCCUUUGUGUUUUGUAGGAACAUUCGGGAGGGAGAAGAAUCUCCCUCCCCAACUUUACCACGAAGAGGACCAAGUACCAUUUAUCGUACGAGUGAAUAUUUUCCGAUGGUGGCGCUUGUUUUCAACACAUGUUUCCGGUUUCUCGGAAGCCAUUCAAAUAAGUUAUGACGAAAAUAAACAAGUUGACAUCUUAAUUCAAAUCAAAAAUUUCGAGAGUCAAAGUGAUAUCGUCGGCUAAGUACGUAAAUGAAUGAUAUUUUUAGACAAAAAUUUCGUUUUAUACGUAUUAUUUAGAAGUUUGCAUACCUUUUAUUAUUAUGAAUGAAACACAUGAUUAUGAAGUAAAAGAAUCUUUAAGCACCGGAAAGGAUUAUCUAAAGCAUCUUCAAGAUCUAUUAGAUCAAUUAGGAAUAGCUGUUAGACAGGUUGAUCAGUCUGCCAAGAAGUCUGAAAAUCUUGUUAAAGAUUAUUUUACGAACAUAACUAAAUUGAUUACUACCACUUUAGAGAGACGACGUGAUCAACUUCUAACAGAAAUAACUACUUUCUGUAAUGAAGCAAUUGUUCCAUUAGUUGAAUGUCAGAAAGAGAUAGAAGAAAACAUGGCUGCAACAACUGCCAUGUUACGAGAGGGAGAAAAUAUUUUGAAAAAAGAUGUUCCAGUUUCUUCAGAACAAAUUACAUCUUAUUUAAGCAAGACUUCCAUGAUUGGAUUAUUGCCAGAAGUUCCAAAUCCUGCUCAAGUUGCAAAUAUCAAUGUUAAUUUUUCUACAAAACUUCUUCCAGAAAUAUCAAGUUUAAUUUAUAAUCAUGGAUUUGUAAGUGCAUUUUCUCCAGUUCAGAUUAUACAUGUUGAAGAAAGACCAGGAGGUUUAGUCAUUCAUUGGGAAGAGACAGAUGAAGAAAACAUUGAAGAAAGAACUUUUGGUUUACAAUAUUGCUCUGGAAAUGUUAGAAAGAAUCCACAGUUAGUUAAUAAUUAUGAAUUUGCUUAUAAAGGCCCUGAAAAAUCUUACCUGGUCAGAGAUAUCCAAUACAGAAAACAAUACACAUUUAGAGUUUCCUGCUGUGUUAAGAAUGGAGAAUGGAAAAGAUGGUCAGAACCACACAUUGCAAUGACUACAAUUCCUAAUUAUGAAUGGGAAUCAAAUAAUCCUAAUUAUAAUUUAACUAAUGAUAAUAAGAUAGCCACAAAACUCGAAUCCAUUGGGAGUUCUAAUCUCUACUCCAAACUAUCUCUACAAAGAAUCAACCAUUCCAUCAAAUUUCAUAUAUUAGAUGUAGGAGAACAAGAAGAAAUUGAUGAAGGUUUGGCUCUAGUAGAUACAUCUCAGACUAAAAAGGAUGCUGCAUUUUUACAACCUGGAGUGAUAUUUAUAAAUAUGAAAGGUAAUGUAUAUGUUAAUGGAAAUGUAAUGACCAAUCACCUACCCACUUUGAAACGUAACUCCGUGGUUAUAUUUGAUGUAGAACCUCUAGAUUCUAACGGUAAAAUAAGAGUGACCAUACGCACUGAAAACCAAGAAAUUACUUACGAUUGGAAAGCCAAAGAAGGAAAUUCAACCCAUCUAGAUAUUUAUUUUGCCAUAUUCUUUCGGUCUUGUGGAUGGAAAAUAUCAGUGGAAUAAACAGAAAUAAUCACUUGUGCCAUUUUAUAAAAAUUUUUCUACUAUAAAUUUUAACAGACUAAAUUAAAUUUUAUAUAAAUGUUGUACAUACAUAUUUACUAAUUAAAAAGAAUGAAAACAAUUAUAAAUUUUU